AAGUUUGAGCGACCGAGCCAAAGGGGGAAGCAAAAUGGCGGAACUCGAAGAUGUUACGCUAGACGGGAAACCGCUUCAUUCGCUUCGUGUGGCGGAUUUAAAAGCGGCCUUGGAGCAACGAGGGCUGGCCAAAAGUGGGCAGAAAACCGCGCUCAUCAAGCGACUAAAAGGGGCACUCAUGUUGGAGAGCCUGCAGCGAACAUCCACCUCUCACCCCGGCCUGCAGCCCAACUCACAGAUAGGGGAAGAGAUGAGCCAAAACAGUUUUAUUAAACAGUACCUGGCCAAACAACAAGAGCUCCUGCGCCAGAGAAUGGAGAGAGAGGCACGCGAGGCAGCCGAGGCAGAUGAUACAGACAGCCCUGCAGGCCCUGAGGAAGAUGAUCACACAGCUGCCAAUGACAGCACCUCCUACCCACCAGACAAGCAUCACGUUGUGGCAUCUCGGCCCUCUGUGCCAGAGGAUGGCGGAGGUGAUAAGCUGAGUCCACAGGAUCCAGUUGCUCUGGGAGGCCACAGGCUGGACUCCAGUGCUGCCUCGGUUUCACACGAUUCCACUGAUGUCCCCACAGCUAAGAUCUGGCGUCCCUCUUUCUCCCAGGAAGAGGUUGCCACUCCCUCCCCUCCCCGUGCUGUUGCCUCUCUUUCAGUGCGUGUGGUUGGUCAGCCAGAGCGACAGGGUGUACCUUUAAUUGUGCCACGACCACAACAAAGAGAAGGAACUGCCCCUGUAGAAGCAGGCCCUGCCCAUCCGAUGCCCCAACUCAGCCAGUCUGCUCGCACUCAAGAUGACAGUGACGAAGACGACGAUGACGAUGACGAUGACAGCGACGAGGAUGAUGACUGGGGUCCUUCGUCUCGCGGAAGAAAAAACAUCCACACACCACCAGCACAGCGCUCACGGCGCAAGCUUCAGCCUCCUCAGCACAUUCCACCCCAUCAUUCUUCUCUGCAGCUCCGACAGCCUACUCCUCCUCCCUCUCCACCCCCAGAACUCUCCUUCCUGCCAGACACCCCCAAACAAAGUCCCCCAGAGCAGGACGAACCCGAAGCCCCAGAAGGGGCUGCUGUCUCUUCUCCGGGUUUUUUGCAGAGACAGGAAUCCAGUUCCAGUUCCAGAUCCAGUAGCCCUGAGCCUCCAUCCCAACGCAGGCCUGGACCACUCAGUCUGCUGGUGCGCAAGAUGGAAUCAGAGGGGGCUUUUGAUGGUGGACAGAAGAAGGAUGAGGAAGAAGAGGGAGAUGCUGCUGCCACAAUCCGAGAACAGGCUGCCCCUGGGGUGCUUGUGUUCUCUAGGGGAGCAAAUGAUGUUCACACCAGCUGUGAUUCAGAGGUCGGUCCUGAUCAUCAAGAUUCACCCCAAGAGCAGCUGCAUGAGGAGGAGUCUCAACCAGCUAUGCCCUCUAUCUCUGAAAGCAGACUUCAGGAAUCGCUGGGGAUGAAAAAAGACGAGGGGGAACAAGAAGAAUGUCUUCUGGUGGAAGAAGAAGAGAAGCACGAUGACCAGGAGGGCUGUAAUGAGGAGAAAGAUAAGGAGGUUGAUGCUAAGGAAAACGUUAGUGUAUCGUCAUGGAAACGCGAGCGAGAGGCAUCGCCGUCUCUGGAUUCUCCAGACUUCCGUCAUACAUCACCUCCCUCAUCUCCACCUGCACCUACGAAACGAGCACGCAUGUUCUCUGAAGUUCCCCCACCUGAAUGCCUUAUGUCUCCUUCUAAACCAGAGCAGCUGCCAGUCCUUGUGUCGGGACAGCAGCAUGCAGAUGUUGAAAUGGAGACAGAACCCCCUGCUGCACCUCCCAAUUCAUUACCUGAAGAACAGCAUGAUGAGGAGAUGAAGGAGGUGGAAGAAGAGACCCAGAAACCUGCAGAGUCUGAUGAAUCAAGAGAGGACAUUGACAAGCCUUCUUCAUCGCUUCCUCCAUCUCCACCACCAGAAAAAGCGGAGAGAGAAGGAAAGAGUUCUGCAGAGCAAGCAAGGGAGAGUUCUGAGGAGAGAGAGGGAGAUAGCUCUGAGGAGAGACCUAGAGAGAGAUCUCAGGAGAGAAGAGAAAGUUCUGAAGAGAAAGCAAUAGAGGGAGCUGCAGAAAAAGAGGGAGAUAGCUCCGAGGAGAGACCUAGAGAGAGAUCUGAGGAAAGAGAAAUGGAUAGAUCUGCAGAAAGAGCUAGUGAUAGAUGUGUGGAAAGAGAGAGAUCUGAGGAGAGAGAUACAGCUGCAGAAAGAGUGAGAGAGGGGUCUGAGGAGAGAGCUAAAUCUGCAGAACGAGUGAGAGAGAGAUCUGCUGAAAGAGCGAGGGAACGAUCUGAGGAGAGAGAGAGAUCUGCUGAAAGAGCGAGGGAGCGAUCUGAGGAGAGAGAGAGAUCUGCAAAAAGGGCAAGGGACAGAUCUGAGGAGAGAGAUAGAUCUGCAGAUAGAGCGAGGGACAGAUCUGAGGAGAGAGAGAGAUCUGCGGAAAGAGCGAGGGAGAGAUCUGCGGAAAGGGCGAGGGUCAGAUCUGAGGAGAGAGAGAGAUCUGCAGAAAGAGCGAGAGAGAGAUCUGAGGAACGAGCUAGAGAAAGAUCUGAGGGAGCCAGUGAGAUACCUGCUGAGAGAGAAAGGGAGCGAUCUGCAGACAAAGAAAAAAAGAGAUCCUCAGAGAGGAAACGAUCACCUGAACCUCACUCAUCCCCCUCCAGCCAGUCUUCAUCCUCUGACUCGGAUUCAGAAUCCUCUUCCUCCAGUUCUUCAGGCUCCUCUCCACCAGACAAACCCAGCCAUGAUAAGGACGAAGAGAAGAAAGCAAGCAGCUCAGAUGGUAUGACUGAGAAGAAAGAAGAUUCUUUGAGGGAAGUAAAACAGGCCACGGUUGCUGAACCCACAGGUCCCGUCUCUAUGGAGCUCCAGGAACAGCCCGAGUCUGAGAGUGCACUGGCUCAUCCUGCCUCACAGGAGGCGCCUGAGACCAGCGAGUCCCGUCCUGAUGAGAGCACCAUUCCAAAAGUGUUUGCUGCACGCAAGAUUUCACUCACAACUGCUAAACCAGAGGGCGCUACCGUGGAGGCGGAGUCUGGGGGCGUAGCUGGUAGGAAGAGGAGGUGGGGCUCCAGUACAGCAGUCACUGCCAAAAAGCCAUCAAUCAGCAUCACCACCGAAUCACUGAAGUCUUUAAUCCCAGACCUUAAGCCUCUGCAAGAAGCUGUUGUGGACUUGCACCCAGAUGAGGGCCGUUUCUCUGGGGAUGAGGACUCAGGUCAGCAGCCUGAGCGCGACGAGGACCAGGGGAUUCAGAUCAGACGUACUGUAACACAGGUUGUUCCAUCUGAAAGUCAAGAAAAUGGGCAGAAAGAAAAGGAGGAGGAUGAAGACCCGGAUGAUGAGCCGACAGAAGGAGAGAAGGAGAACCCCCCCAAAAAACAGAGGCGGGAGAGCUCAUCAGAGGUUGCCAUGGAAACAUUGGAGGGUGACGCCAAGAAGGUCACCCCUAAUGAUUCGGUGGUGCGGCGCUCCAUCAGUCAGCAGAAAGUGGCGGUGUCCAUCACCAUUGAUGACCCAGUGCGCACAGGACGCCAGCUCUCACCUCCACGCGGCAAAGCAUCCAACAUCAUCCACGUCUGCAAUUUGGUUCGUCCCUUUACUUUAGGCCAGCUGAAGGAGCUGUUGAAUCGGACCGGUACAGUGGUUGAGGACGGCUUCUGGAUCGAUAAGAUCAAAUCUCACUGCUAUGUCACUUACGCCACUACAGAGGAGGCUGUUGCCACACGUGAAGCUCUCCAUGGUGUCAAAUGGCCCUCUAGCAACCCCAAAGUGCUCCGGGUGGACUUCUGUGAACAAAAGGAGCUGGAUUUCCAUAAAGGGCUGCUGACCGGUGAAGACCCACGAGCCGUUGCAGCACCUCCGACUCGGCCUGUAGCCCCACCUCCGCUCCUGCCCCCCACUCGGGAAAAGGAGCGCGAGCGAGAGAAAGACGGGGCGACGACAAAUGUUCGGGACCAGUGGGCCGAGAGAGAGCGAGAGAUGGAGCGAAGAGAAAGGACGCGCUCAGAGAGGGAGUGGGACAGGGACAAAGUACGCGACUUCAACAGAGAUGAACGGGAAGCAGCCAGGAGGUCACGAUCACGUGACCGGGACAGGAGACGCAAAGAGCGAGGAAAGAGCAAAGAGAAAAAGUCUGAGAAAAAAGAAAAACCAGAGGAGCCUCCUGCCAAACUUCUGGAUGAUCUGUUCCGCAAAACCAAAGCAGCUCCAUGUAUAUACUGGCUGCCUCUUACUGAAGAACAGGCGACUCAAAAGAACCUGGAACGAGCAGAGAGGAUGAAGGAGAGGGAGAAGAGAAGGAAGGAGCUGCAAGAGGAGGAGGACAAGAAGCGUGAGGAGGAGAGGAAGGAAAGAGUGCGAGGCAGAGAGCGAGAGGGAGGCAACACGGCAAGCAGCGGAGGAGGCUCGAGCCGUCCGGCCGAAGCGGAGAAGGACAAAGAGAGAGAGAGGGAAAGAGAGAGGGAACGGGAGCGGGAACGAGGUAGAGAGAAGGAGGUAGAGAAAAGGAGAGAUGGCAUCAGAGGCAGAGGCAGCGACUCCAAACCAGUAGGGGGCAGCAGACGCUCACGUAGCCACAGCAACCCCUCCAGGGACAGACGGCGUUGAGUGUGUGUGUGUCGUGUGUGCGUGUAAGAGAGCAAAUGCACGCAUGUGUGUGGUACCUGGAGGAAGAUGAUGCCCCUUGUUUUUGACUGAGGCCCUAUUAUGAAGCAAAAGUUCCACCUCUAUAAAAAAAAAAAAAAAAAAUCUUCCUUUGUUUCAUGCAUAUAAUUUGGUAGCAUCUCACACACAGUCACAUCUGCUGUAUGUCCUUCUACCAGGACUUUCAGGACUUUUUUUUUUAGCUCCAGUUUUGUUGUAGAAAUCUCUUUUUGUGAUUUUUGCAGUUGAUUAUUGUUCCUUUGGUCUUAAACAGAGUUGCAUCAAGGGCUUGUGCAGAUCCAUUUCCUCGUAAUCACACACUCGCACACGCAGACGAGGCUUCACCAUCAGCAGGGUGUUUUCAUUUUUAAUGCAUCACUUUCUUUUUUUUUUUUUUAAGAAGCCCUUGAUAAUUUCUAUUUAUAGAUUCUAAUUGGAGUUCUCUAUGGCUUAUCUCGCCAUGUACUUAUUUUCAAAUUAAAUUGUUUUAUUCA